AUGCAAACUAUCUGCUCCACCAUAGAUAAUAUUGCUUGUGCAACCACCGAUACGUUUCUCCUAUUCGGGGAUUUUAACUUCCCCAAUCUUUCCUGGAACACCGAUGAUUCUAACGUUCCUGCACUGCGAAUCAAUUAUGAGAAUUCACGAAUUACGGACAACUGCCGCUCGUUGCUUGACUGCAUCUAUAGUAAUGGGCUUUCUCAGAUCAACUUUAUACCUAAUGCAUCGAAUAACAUUCUCGAUCUCAUAAUUGUCUCUGACGAGAUCCUACAUUAUUGUGCCCCACCGGUGGUGUCACCCUUCCCUAUGGUUGCCGUUGAUGUGCAUCAUCCUCCUGUUGAGCUACACUUAACUGGUGCUGGCAAUACAGCUCGUUCCUGGCGUUCUACCGCACCAAACCGUGAGUCCGGCACACGUAACUACAGGCGAACUAACUUUAUCCGUCUAGCUGAACUGCUUCAAUCUACUGACUGGUCUUUCCUGGAAGGUAAUCCGGAUGUUAACUCAGCAUUGGAACUAUUUAACACAACACUACUGGCGCUUAUAUCUGAUUGCUGUCCUCUAAUGCCACCGCGUCGCAGUCCACCAUGGACUGAUGCACGUUUACGCCGACUAAAGCAAAACAAAGCGUCAUGCUUUCGCUUUUACAGUACAAAUGGUACACAACACUCCAAAUUAAGGUUCAUUGCUGCCCAUAAUGUAUAUAGAAGCUAUAACAGACAACUUCAUACUCGUUAUCUCAUUCGAGUGAAAUUCUCGCUCAUCAGACACCCAACACGAUUCUGGAGGUAUGUUGAAUCAAAACGCGGUAACAGCUCGCUCCCCGAUGUUCUCACAUAUAACAACGUCUCCACAAGCAGUAAGGAAGGCAUGUGCAACUUAUUUGCUGAUCGUUUCAAGGACUGCUUUACUACGGAUGAUGCAAGCUUAUCAUUAGAAGCAGCUUUAAAUAAUGUGCCCCGUGAUGUUGUUGACAUUGAUGUACGCGAUAUUAUUAUCUCGGUAGAUACUGUACUACGUGCUCUGCAGCAGGUCAAAACCUCAUACAACCCUGGACCCGAUGGUAUUCCUACGGCAAUCCUUGCCAAAUGCCGCGAAUUUUUAGCAGAGCCUCUGUCUCAAAUCUACCAACUCUCUUUUGCACAAAGUACUGUACCCACAGCCUGGAAAUCCUCUGUGAUGUUUCCGGUGUACAAAAAAGGGGAUAAAAACUCUGCUGAGAACUACCGCGCAUGGUUUCUUUCCUCGACGCAGUGUUACCACAAACCUGGUGGAAUUCGUCUCCAACUGCCACGCAGCCUUUACUUCCGGAGCUCAGAUGGAUGCAGUAUACACUGA